UUAUGGGGGUAUGUUCUGUGGACAAGACUGACAAGAGAAUCAGCCAAUAGUAUGUAGUCUGUGCAAUAAGCCUUGUUCUAUGCUCUGAUUGUAUUAUGUUUAGACAAUAGCAAAAUUUUUGCACAUUUGCGUCUUCAGUGGCAACUGCAGCACAUUAAAGAAAAUCUAAUAUGGAACCAGACGUGGCAAAGUUCUUGAGAACUGAACGCAAACCAGGAUCGAUUGAUGUUCAUUCCAACAUCGACGCCAUCGUGCUCAGUUACGACGUCCAUGUGCAAAUCCUGGGACCCAAAGACAAUCCCCUGCAUGGCGAGAAGAAAGCCUUGAAGAAAGUAAUCGAACUCCCAAUGAUUAACAGCAGAACUGACUGUCAUGCGCUGGCCAAGGAAGUGGUGAACCAAUGCGAUCUAAUUCACCAUUCCCGGAUUGCUGAAGUCGAGCAAGUAAUUUACUAUCUGAAGAAGAGGAGGCUGCAUGGAUCGGCCAAAGGAGAGCACGACAAGAACGGCGAAGCAAAUAAUCAAGUGGAAGCGAACUACAAUAAUUUGGCUGAUUAUAUUGAUCUGCUGUAUGAGGGCAUGCCUGAAAAGGUAAAAGGCGCCCAGUUGAUUCAGUCGCUUGCCAGAGACCCGGAAAACCUGGAAGCCCUAUCGAAAAACGAAACCCUGAUCAGCGCCCUGGGAAGAGUUCUGCGGGAAGACUGGAAACGAAGCAUUUCGUUAAGCACCCACUUGGUAUUCACCUUUUUCUGCUUCUCCAUGUACUCGUCUUUUCACUUCAUAAUUCUAAAGUGUAAAGUUGGCUCGAUUUGCAUGGAUAUAAUCGACUUUGAACUGCGAAGAUACGACAAGUGGAAAGUGGAACUAGAAGGAGGCAGCGCCCCGGCUGAUCAACCAAUAGUGAAAAAACCCUGCCCAAGCAGUGCCAGUAUGUCCGAAAUUCCCCGAAGUCGGAUUCCUGAGCCAGUGCGGCCGAAGUCCGGACAUUUUUCUGAUGUGAACAUGAAAGCGGUAAUGGAGGCAAACAAGAAUGGUGCAGAAAAAGCCAAGUCUCUUGAUGGGAGCUUGUACGAUGACCUCACCACUUCCAUGGAAAGCUUGGACGAUAAGCGCCUGAAUCCCGAACAGAAAAUGAAGAAGUUUAGGACGCUGGUCAAGAAGCAGGAGCACCUUCUUCGAGUAGCGUACUACUUGCUGCUGAAUAUAGCUGAAGAUGAAACUGUCGAGGAAAAAAUGUCCAAGAGAAAUAUUGUAGGGCUGCUAGUAAAGGCCCUGGAAAGGAGCAACGAUGACUUGCUGAUAUUGGUGGUCACUUUUCUGAAGAAACUGUCAAUAAUGCAGUGUAAUAAGGACAUGAUGGCCAAUUACAAUGUAGUAGAGAAGCUGCCGAAGAUGCUGGAUUCACGCAGCGCGGACCUAGUUCAUCUCACAUUGAAGCUACUGUUCAACUUGUCUUUCGACAACAAAUUGCGUAGCAAGAUGAGCAAGAGCGGCUUGAUUCCAAAAGUUGUUAAAUUCAUGGGGGACGAUCGGCAUCAAGAAGUCGUCCUGAAACUGCUCUACAAUCUGAGCUACGAUGGAGACUCCAAACACCAUUUCGCCGACUCAAUCGGACUGAUCGUGGACAUGCUGCUGUUAAAUGCAGGCAACGAGGGUGAUAAAGUCAUGAUAGCGCUGUUCAUAAAUUUGGCCGCCCAUCCAGAAAUAUCGCAGCAGAUGAUCAAAGAAAACCGACUGCAGUCAAUGAUAACUCGAGCGUUUACCUUCGAAGACCCCAUUCUGAUGAAAUUGAUACACAACAUCUCGAACAAUGUAUACAUAUGCUCGUCGUUCAUAGAAUUCGUCGGCGAUAUCGCGAAAGCGAUAGUUAGGUCGAAGAAUCUGGACUUCGUAACCGAAUGUAUUGGGAUACUAAGUAAUUUGCAUUUGCCCGACUUGGAUUGGGCGGAAAUAUUCAAGCAUUUUGGCAUGGCCGACUGGAUCAUACAUACUAUUAGCAUGAACAACACUGACCCUGAGCUAGUCCUGCAAGUGAUAGUGUUGUUAGGAACAGCGGGAGCGGAUGAGAAUUGCGCGCACGUCUUGUGCGAGAGCGGAAUUAUAAUCACACUGAUAGACUUGCUGAAAACGCACCAGGAGGAUGAUGAAAUAGUGCUCCAGAUCGUCUACGUGUUUUACACCACGCUGUGGCACGAAAGCAAUGUGGAAUACAUCAUUACGAAGACCCACGUGCCUGCUUACUUAAUAGACUUGUUGCAGGACAACAAUAAGAACAUCAGGAAAAUCUGCAACAUGUGCCUGAACAUCAUCUCGGCGCACAACAACUCCUGGGCGGACAGGAUCAGAAUUGAGAAAUUCCGGCAUCAUAACGCUCAGUGGCUGCAAAUGGUUGACUCGCAGCAGUUGGAUCCGGAGGAAGAGGACGAAGAAGACGAACUACCUCCAUACUUGAACACUGAAUAUCUAAGUCAAGCGGUUGUUCGUCCAGUCACUGCAGCCAGUAAGCUCGAUGACAUGGAACUUCUAGAGGACAAAGAAGUGGAUUACGAUUACUUUUCAAAUAAUCAUAGAACGGACGGCUCGGACGUUCUCGAUGAUUAUGAUAUGGAAGACCUGUAAGCAAGUGCGCUUACUUAACGCUAUUGAUCUGAUCUAGUCACAACGUUACCGAUAUUUCUGUAAGCUUUAAUUACUCCAGCAAAUAUUUAUGAUUAAUUAAUAAUAAACGCAGCAGUAUUA